CCUUAUAUUAACUCAGACUCCCUUCUCUGCUUUUCAGUUCGAAAUUCUUUUUCACCAAAUAAUCUUCCUAAGGUUUUCUGCAUUAAUGGAACUUCAGUUCCAAAAGCACCAAGAGGAACUUUUCCCAGCAACCAAACAGAGCACAGUCAGAAGGAAAACUGCUUCCAACAAAAGCAUGUUUGUUGGUGUGAGACAAAGGCCUUCUGGGAAAUGGGUAGCAGAGAUAAAGAACACAAGCCAAAAGAUAAGAAUGUGGCUUGGGACUUUUGAUACAGCUGAAGAAGCUGCUCGAGCUUACGACGAAGCUGCUUUUCUCCUCCGUGGAUCCAAUACCCGAACGAACUUUGUUGGACCAAGCCCUGCCAAUUCUCCCCUCUCUUCGAAAAUCCGAAACCUCCUUAAUCAAAAGAGAGCUUCCAGACAGAACCAUACUUUUUCCCCCAAAACCACCCCGAAAAUACCUAUUGGAAAAACCAAUACCAAAACUACAAGCCAUAUCAGUGCUACAAGCCAUAUUAGCAACAAUAGGCCUCCUUUUAAUAUUGAUGGGUAUAAGCCAAAUAUGAGACAAUGCCAUAUUGGAGGAAUCGAAAUGGAUUUUUCUCAAUUGGAUCACCCAUUUCCAUUUGCAACUGAAUUGUGUAAGUUUGAGGUGCCAAAACGGAUUGGUUUGGUGCCUCAAAUUAAUACUUUUGAGACAGUGAGUGAGCCUUGGAUUCCCGAAUUUGAACACAUGAAGGUUGAAAGGCAGGUUUCCGCCUCUCUUUAUGCAAUGAAUGGGGUGAAUGAGUACUGGGAGAAUAUUCAUAAUUCUGGUGAUCCUUUCUGGGAUCUUCCCAUGUUUUGUCAAACGUUCUGCCCAAGUUGAUCCUCUGUCUUUCUCAGCUUUGAAUGAGUUUAGGUCAUGAUUCUUGGCAAUGUA